UUCAAUAGACGAUCUGUAGUAACGGAAAUUGACGUGUUGUCCUAGCAACCUGUAACGUUUGUCCACCUGAGACGUUAGCGUCGAGAAAACUUACUCCCCUCCUAAUAUUAGUCCCAUAUAAACCGACUUUAAUUUCACUGUUUUGAAACAGAAGUAAAAUAAGUACAGCAUGGUUUCUUCGGUUACGUUAAACGGCGAUUAAUUCGCGUUAUAUUUGCCGUCAGUGGCACAUAAACAAACGGAGGCGGUUGUAGUUGGACCCGACGAGCAAAGAUGAUAACAGAAAGGCUCAGUCUGACUUGUGAUAAACACUUGGCACACCUACAGCUCCCAUGCUGCCAGUCUUACUGUGGCAUACCACUGCAUGGGAAGGAAAUGUUGAUUUACAGUAAUGUGGACGUCGAGCAGAAGUCCUUGCUGCUGACUGGCCACCAUCGUGAGAUCAGUGCCAUGACAUUUGGAAAAGGAGGCAGACCUGUCCUCCUCUGUUCUGCCUCUGCUGACUAUAUUAUUGUCUGGGAUAUUGAACUGUGCCAGAAGAGAAUGAGUCAAGGCAAAGUUGCAGCUGGAACAGUUAUUGGGACUUUACUGGGUGAAGUCAUCCAUCUUUCAUUCUGUUUUUCUGAUGAACGAGUGGUUGCAUGCUCUGGAGCUACUGCAUAUAUACUCAGCUCAAAGAGACAGGAAGUGAUCUCUACCUUGACUGGCCAUGUUGGACCUUUAACAUCAGCAGAGUUCUGUCCCUGGGAUAAACACAUUCUUGUCACCACAUCAGAGGACCGGACUUUUAAGGUGUGGGAUUUAAAAACUGAAUCCGUCUCCUACCAGUCCUUUGUACUGUCAGCCUGUCCACUGCUCAGUGUGUUCUUCUUGGAGGAAAACAGGCACAUUAUUACCGGCUCAACUGAUGGACAGGUGUGGUGUUUUUCUCUCCCUGAUGACCACAAGUGUCACCUGGUGACCAAAAUGGACCUUCAGAAGAUGGAAAAAAGACAUCAAAUGCACCAAGAGACUGUUAGCCAUCAAGCAGGAGUCGCAGAACAAUCAGCGGUAGAUAAAGUGGAGACUUCGAAACCUGUCCUCAAAAUGGCUUUAUGUAGCUCAUUUAGUGACACCAAUAAAGAGCAGAAAAAGAACAACAGCUGUUUGUGUAUUGGAAGCUCUGAUGGACUGUAUGUGGUUGAUCUGGCUACCUCAGAGCUCCUAACAGUGCUUUAUUUCAAAGAUUACUCCAACCUGAGCAUCACAAUGGCUGGGUCAUGGUCCAUCUCUGAUGGAUGCGACAACUCUAUGGUGUUUUUAGUGAGCUCUUUGUUUACUCCAUGUGUGGUCCUGUUGGAGCUAAGUCUGUGUGACCUAGGGAGGAUCUGGGCUGGAGGUGAAGGCUUUUCAGUGUUCCCAAGCUCCCCGCCACUGCUUGAAUCUCCUCUGAAUGCUGAGUUAAAGAAGAAGGAGUCCAACCAACCUAAAAAAAAAGGAGGUAUAAAGGAACAGCCUCUUGUCUUCCAUUCAAAGGUGAAGUCAUCUGGAUACAGCAGCUCCCCAAGAAGGGUUAUGUUUUCACCUAAAACAAAUGUUCAGAAAAGCAGAUCCUCGACAAAGGCUAGCAAAAAUACAGGUUUACUCCUCAGAGAUUACCCAGCAGACAGCGCAGCACCCACUCUUCCACGCGUUCAUCUUAGCAUUGCUAACAAACCAGUCUACUGCCUUCAGUAUACAGGUGACGGAAAACAAAUCCUGUGUGGUCUUGGCGACAACUCAGUGCUAUUGUACAAGUCCUCCCUUACUGGCAAUCCAGCUGUCUACACAGGGCAUGACAAGCCAGUGAGCAGUGUGAGCUGGAGCCUCAACAGACAGUGGUGGUUGAGUGCCUCAGAAGACCAGACUCUACGAAUCUGGACCCAUGGCAGCCCAGAGCCUGCAAUUAUCAUGGGCGACAGCAUGUUCUCAAAACCCAUCAGAAGUGCCCAGUUUUAUUACCUCGACAAAUUUUUGCUUCUGGCAUCUGGACACUCUCUGUACUUGUACUCGUAUAAUGUGGACGUCACACGCGAUGACAUCAAAAUAUAUCAGCAACGGAGUUUCAUCAGAAUGGCAGGAUGCAUCCCAACAAAAUCAGGAACAGACAUUACGGACUUGUCUGCAAUCAAUGAUUUCUUCUCUUACAUCGUCCUGGUGUGUGGUUCAGAUCGGUCCAUUCAAGUAUUUGACAUGAACAAAGGUGCAGUUGCCUCAGAGCUGCCUAAUGCCCACAGCAGAGCCAUCCACUGCAUUACACAGAACAAGGGCUCCAUGUUCAGCACACAGGCUCCAGAUUCAUACAACCUCUUCCUUACCGGUGCAGUCACGGAUGGUGUAAAGAUUUGGGACCUUCGUACACUUAGGUGUGUACGGCGUUAUGAGAACCACCUUAAUCGCUGCCAUCCAUGCUCUUCAGCCAUCUCACCAUGUGGCCGGUUCAUUGCCUCUGGCUCUGAGGAUAUGUGUGUCUACGUGUAUGACAUCCGGAGCAGCAGAUACCUCCACAAACUUCAAAAACACUCAGAGACAGUGCUCAGUGUGGCUUUCAACCCUGCCACACCAGAGCUGCUGACUGGGACUCUGGAUGGGGAGCUGAGACUGUUUCAGUCCAGCAGCGGGGCCCAACUGUCUCAUGACACCAGUGCUGCUGUGCAUAGCGUCCCCAACAUGACUGCGUAAUUAUAGCAGGCUGCUGCAAAGUCCAUGCAGGUUUCAUUAAAACAGCUCCAAACCCCAGGCUGGGAUUUCACUGGUGAAGGAAAGUUCUGUUUUUUUAUUGUCAAUUAAUCAAAAAUAGUUUCAAGCUCAACUAUGUUUUGUUUUUCUUGUUAUAUGUGCUCUUGUGUGUUCUUCUAUUUCUUGGUUUCAAAUUGUCUAAAGGGGCCACCUAUUUCACUUCACUGGUCUUUGUUAAAUGUUCCACAUGCACAUCAUUUGACCACUAAGGGAUAUCAAUGGUUUGAUGUAAUGUUUUAGGUUUUCCCCAGAUUCAUUUAACUGCAUCAUCUUGAUGCAAUAUUUACCCAAUUAGAGAUAAUUACAGCUAAAUUUGCCAAAAACAAUUUUCAUUAUUGCUGUCCGUUCAUCCACAUUCUGGAUGGUCAAGCAUCACAGUUUGUUUGUUCAGUAUGUGGAACAGAUGUAGAUCUAUAAUACUGUGACCACUGCUUAGCAGCAGAGCAGCUACACAGGCCUAUGACAUCAACUGGGUGCAACCUUGAUGGCUGCCAGAUACACAGAUGCUACUACUGUACACUGACACACCCGUCCACACUGUUUGAGCUGCACAUUUACUGUACUUUUCUUUCGCUCAGUCACAACGAAAUGUUGCUGACAAAGUCACACUGACUUGUAGUAAAAACAUAAUAAUCAAAGCGAAAUUUUACAUUUUCAAGUGCUGUAUUGUUGGUAAUGUGUCUGUCAAGUAUAAAUAAAAUGGUAUGUCCUGG